UUCCCCCCUCGACCAGGUGCGUGUAGUGUCAGUAUAAAUAAGUCAGUCGUGAUACUUCAACUCAUCUCUCACAUCACUCCUAGUCCUCGUAGUUUACAAUUAUUAUAAGUUUAUAUCUCCUGAGAUCGCCGACAAAAGUGCAAGUCACAAAUAUAGGGUUUAGUGUCAGAUAUUUCACGUGAUUUCAUCAGUAUUUUUAGCACUUUAAUUGCAAGAUUGUAAGGAUUCCAAACGACUGUUCCACAAAAUGUUGUCCAAAAAUUUGUUGAUUGAGACGGGAAACAUUCUUUCCUUGAAUGAAUUGAAGAAAAUAGCUGGUCUAAAUACGAGAGAUGAGUUGAUUGAAACAUUAAAAAUCAUUUUGAAAGACACCAAACCUACCGAAAUCAGUUCAACAGCAGUGAGUAGAAAUAUCAAUGGAAAAACCGAUGUAGAGACUGAAAAUGUGGACAGGAAAGAAUUAAAAAUUACCGUCAAGGUUUUUAUUUCAACAGCAAAAGCAGAAGUUUUAAAACAGGCUUUGGAUGAAGUUCUUAAAGUUCUGCACACCGAUGCAGUAGAAUCAUUGGUGGUAGCUUAUAAAAAAGCUGAAGGUGGAGACGAUAUUCUGAAUUCCUUGCAAUCUCUAUGGAGUGUUAUCGAGGAAUAUAAAGAAGCCGGAAAAAUUUUGAGCGUCGGCCUCAGCGAUGUAGACACGGAAGUGUUCAUACAAUUCUUUAAAUCUGCGAAUAUUAAGCCAAACAUUAUACAGAUUAAUUUGGCGACUUGCUGUGUUGUUCCUCCCGUUUUGCAAGAAUUUACCAAAGAAAACGAUAUCCAAUUGUUGACUCACAGUGAUCCCUGUCAAAUUUUACCAAAAGAGUCGGUGACCGAUAUUUUUGGUGCUGACACCAACUUGCACUGGGUGGCUCGUUACCAAAUCCACCUUAGGUGUCGCGGCGUUCUUUCAUCCAAGGGCUACUUGGUCUACAUUGAAAAACCAACGUCUACGCCAUCCUAAGCCUUCAAAAAAUCCUUCAAUCAUACAAUAAUAAUUUACUUAACAAUUUAUGCGAGUGAUCAAUUUUUUUCUUCAAUCGCUAAAUUAUUUAUAAGGUAUUUAAGGUAUUUAUUUAGGAUACUUGGGGGUUUUAAUUAGGUUUCUUUUCUCUCGAGUUUUUUUAAUAGGCCUCUAUGCAGCCUAUUUGCUACGCCACGAAUCCACAACUUUCGCCCUCGGUCGAAAAAGUGCUACUUAGGGUCCUUGUAUCAGAAAUAACUAUUGAGAAAGAAUAAUUUUGUUUUAAAGAACGGUGCAUAGUCACAAAGUGCAAUUUAUAUACUGUAGUCACAAAUGACUUUACUUUUUUAGUACUUGUCAUUUGAAGUUUUUUUUUUCUAUUUACUUAAGGAAGGAUGCAUUUGUACAGAAAAGGCAUUUAGGAACUUUUUAAAAGGAAAGUUGAUUAUAUUCGUUUCGGAUGCAGACUAUCCAUAAAUAUUUUUUUAAUAGCAGACUUUCUAUAGAAUUUCUUUCAUGAGGAUGUAACGAAAUAUAGAAAUUUUUGUGUAUAAUAAUAUAAAAAAAUAAGACAGAAGUAUUUGAUUAACAUACCAACAGUAAUUGCACACGCGCAAAUCGCGUGUUCACGUCUCUGGAUUUUUAUUUCCUUGUACGAAAAUUAUGCAAAUUUAAAAACCCAUUAUAAUGCCAAUUUUUAAAUAUUAUGUUUUAAAAUUUGGUAGCAAUAAUUAAAAAUUUCGAAUGGGGAUGUUGCAUGAAAUUAGAUAAAAAGAUAUUUUGAUUCUUUAGCAACUGAUUAUUUUAUUUUUAGGAGGAAGAAUUUUGUAUUGAGUAAGAAACAUUGUUUUUUUUCUUAACAAAGUUUGAAUAUUACUACCGUUCGCGGCAUUUUUCGUCAAACGCAUAGAUUGGCCAUAUUUUUGUGACGUCAUUCUCCGCGGGAAAAUUCAAACGAUCUAAAUUAUGAAAAAGUAAAAAUGGUUUCUAAACAUGAUUUUAAAAGUAUAACUAUCUCUAAAUGGCCGUCUUAUAUCAUUAAUAAAUUCUAAUUUAUUUUUUAAAAAUAUAUUUUACCUCGCUUGAUUCGGCCUUUAUUUUCGAUUUCUUGUUUUUAGCGUUUUUGCCAUUGAUAUGUUUGCUUAGACAAAGAUAAUAUCUUUGGCUUAGAUAAUCAUCUGGAUCAGCUUAGAAUUCCUUAGAGAGAGUUGUGUCACGUAACCCCCUAUACUAGCCGCCGCGAAACCGGAA